CGUGUAUGAAGAUGAAAUGGGAAUUGGGAUAUCGUUCUCAUUCAGGACGCAUACUCUAUGGCGACGUAAUAAGAACGCGUAAACUGAGAAACGAAGCGCGGUGAAUAGUCAAGUGGACUUUCGUGGGCUAUCUUAGCUGAUAUUGAUUCGUAAUCCUCGUUUAAUUUUCAUUUAGAUUACCCGCGCUCUAGAGUUGAGCGCUCUAGACCGAGAUACUCAGAUCACUAAGUGCAGUGUCGUAAUGACGGAUCCGUGCGUCGCUGCAUAUCAUACGCGAUUCGGCGACUCGUGUGGUGGCUUCUCACGCGUGAACGAAAGGCCUCGCUAAAUAAUGGCGCACCAGAAUGCUAACGAGUAGUUCAGCUGACCAUUGUAUGGCAGACAACAUGGUAGCUCGCAGUGGCCGUGCACCGGGAGGUGAUAUGUUUCCGCAUACGUGAACUGUUACCGGCUGGUGACAGGCGGGCGAGCGGGACGAGGAGGUUUAGGCUACGAUGAGUACUGACAAUCAUGAUCAAACGAAACUCUGCAAAAUAUCCUCCGCGAGGAGUGAGGAAGAGAACGUGUUCGAUGAUAAACGUAUUAAGAAGGAGCACAGUGACACUUGUGUUGAGAAUGGCAAUGUCGCUACCAUCACUUCUGCCACUACCUCUUCAGCUACUGUCACUGCUACUGCUACCGUUGCCGCCACUGCCACCAUCCUCGAGAAACGACACCCGGCCAGCAGAUAUAUUUCGAAUGGUUUUCAUGGUGAUAGCGAACAGUUGGACCUGGUCACGACCAAAUUCACAACUUUUGCUAAUCAUAGCAUCUCUUCUAAGCAGGACAAGAUUCGCAUUAUGAUAGAGGAUGGCAUUAGCGAAGAAUCUAGAGCGCACGUGGAUGAAAUCUUCUCACAGGUGGAACGACUUAAAAUAGAGGAAAAAUUAUUGUUGUACCUGAAACUUCCAUUACUGUUGACAAAUCCAAGUGGAACCCUCGAUCCGUUGAGGCAACCCUUAAAUCCAUUAGGAAAUCGUUAUGAAAUUCAUCAGACCAUCAUGUGGAUUAAGACUCAUUUAGAAGAAGACCCAGAUGUAUCUUUACCGAAGCAAGAAGUAUAUGAUGAAUACAACGUGUAUUGUACAAGAAAUUCUAUGAAGCCGUUAUCGACGGCUGAUUUUGGAAAAGUCAUGAAACAAGUAUAUCCACGAGUGCGUCCUCGAAGAUUGGGCACACGGGGUAACUCUCGUUACUGUUACGCUGGUAUGCGCAAGCGAAUUAAAUUGGAUCCUCCAACACUGCCAAAGAUAUCUGGCUCUCAAACUGAGGAACAUUUAGAGGAAAAUAUUAAUGAGGAAAUGUUAGGUGCUGCAUCUACAUUGAUAAGAGAAUGGGCAGAAAAGGAAUUAGGCACAAAAUUUCCAAGUUUGAGUGCUUUAGCACAGCAUCUUGUUAAUAAUUUUUGUGUCAAUACUCGGUCUUUGGCUGCCGUAUGCAUUCUUUCAGCUUCGAACCAGCAAAAUACUUUAUCUAAUAAAGAGGUAACUUCGGAUCUGUCAACAACGCCUGUAAGUAACAAGACCGCUAAGCUUCGAGAGGCUCAGUUGCAAUUGCAACGCAAGCUUCAGCAACGUGAACAUGUAAGAGAUCAGAAGAAUCGGUGUCCUGAUUCCAUUGUACAGAACAAAGAAAAAACCAUUGAUUGUAAAGUAAAUAUCAGCAAAGGAUGUAAGAAGAUUAAAUCCAAUCAGUCACUUCAAGGUACAAAUACAGCAACAAUGGUCGCACAAAAUUCAUUGACAAAACUAAAUUUAUCUGCUAUAGUCUAUAACCGACAAAAAAAGAUAUCAAAAACUUGCAAUCAACAGCAACAAACUUGCAAUGUCUCCCAAGAGUCUAACUGUGAUAACCUAGUGGUACAAUCGCGCGAUAACAGCCAGAAUAAUAGCAGCCCUAAAAUAACGAUGAGUAUGCAGCGCGAUGUCAAAGGUAAAAGUUCCAGGAAACGUGCCAAUAAUCUAAUUGUAGCACAACAAGAGCCCAGUCCUGAGAAACAGACGAAGCUUAUAGAGGAGAGUCCAGAGCAUUCCAACGCUUUGUUACCUAAAUUAACAUCUAUUCAACGCGCCGGCAAGAUAUCAGUGAUAUUAGCUAGCAAUUCAAAAUCUAUCAAGUGCAAAGCAGUUGAGACUGUGGACAGUCAACUUGCUAAAAACUGUGAUAUUGAUUCGAAGAGUUGUUCCAUUACUAGUAACGUGAUGGAAACAUCGGGCCUUCUUACGAGGGACCAGAUCCGCCUCUUGCAAGAUACACCAGUCUUUAAAGACGGGAAAGUCCGUGACAUUGACACAGAUGCCUUGGAUGAUUAUUUGAAUGGCGGGAACAAUUCGCAAGAACAGGAGGAGGAGUUGUUACAGUAUUUUCAGCAAAGUAGCUCGUCUAGUUCUGAUGUAGAAACUAGCGUCAUUAGUUCCGAUAUUGAACAGAUCUCUCGAUCGGAUAAAGUAUCGCAACUGCGAUUGAUAUUGCAACAGAAUCUAAAAGCACCUGUUAUCGCCACUGAUCUGGCACCCGUAACAGUUGUACGGCAAAGUAUUGGUAUGGAAAAACGGGACCCCGCACAGAAACAUAAUCUCAUACUCCCGACACUUCUAAAUCAUCCUAAUCCAAGUAGUACGCGACGUCGUGUCAGUUUCGAAACAAAUGUCGUCGAGCAUGUUCAAGAGACGGCAACGCCGAGCGUAGCCAACACAGUGCCACAGAGUCCAAAUACGCGACGUAGAAUAUUUAACUUUACUCCAAUUUCACCCGGCCCGCAUUCUCCUAUUAAUGGGCGCGCAUCUAAAUCAAACUCAGCAAACGCAAGUCCUUUCGUAUCUCCGCGUAAUACACCGGUGCCGAGAUCACGCAGUAAUUUGCAAGCCAGCAGUUCCAGAUCACGUGGCCAAAAGACGCUCUCUCGCUCCAUUUCGUGCAGCAUGCCAUAUACCAUUAAGACGACGGAUACCUUCAUCGUUCCGACGUCGAGCGGAACAGAACACUCGCGGCAAGUGUUAACAAUAGCAACGACCAAGUCAUCGGAGGUCAUGUUGAAGGUACCACCAAGCACUGCAUUUCUAGACUUGACGCCUCAGAAACAAUUGCUAAUCAAUUAUCCGAGUCAAGAGAAUCUGCAAGAAAUUAAGAAUAUAUAUCAGAAGAGUCAGUUACCUCCGCCUGACCAGGAGAUCACGGAGCUUCUUCACGCUGGUAGACAUUUGAGUAAUGAGCAAUUCUAUAGAUCGCAAUCAGUGCCGUUGAACAGGAUGGUGAAUCCUGUAUCCUUAAUAUCACCAAUCUCCACGCAGCAAUGUCUGUCAUCGAUACAUAGUCAAAGCUUUAAUCCAUCGACAAACAGUUCCGUUGCGCCUACCCCAGUACCGAGCGAAUACAAUGAUUUUGGUCCUUCCAUCGGACAAGAGAAUACGUAUCUAUUAGAAGAUGCAAACUUUAUGUCGGACGAACAACAGUUUUUGAUGACAGACAAAGGGAUUACAUCCGAGAACAUUAAUAACAUUCUUACGAUCUUGGACGAGGAGGGACAACCAAAUUUGCAAAUAUUGUCUGAACAGACCACGGAAGAAACAUUGAAUAAUGCGAUUGUUCUUGAUGCUUUACCAAAUACCAAUUUAAAUCUGUCGGAGGAAGAUAUAUUGGAUCCAUCGAGCAUCCUCGCCGAUGCCGGAGGAGCAUUACAGAAAAUUAUGCAGUCGCGAUCGUAUCCGAAUACACCAUUGCCAGCCCCGGUAUCUACAUACACGCCCUACACAGAGGACAGCAAUGGCUCUAGAUCUUAUCCGUCAACGCCUCUGCAUACAAUGCAAUCCCAAGAAAUAUAUCAGGAUUCAGGCGAACCGAUAUUAUCCAGUCCUAUCCUUAAUUCUCUCAGUUUACGAGACGAAGCAACGAAUGCCACUAUGACCGGUACCACGCCCAACAAUGUUGACGUUGCUGCCACUUCUUCCAAUCUCUGCAGAAACGUUGCCGAUCUUCUCGAGGCCAGUUUUCUUGGAGAAACUGACACGGAGACAGAUGACCUGGAUCCUCUCGGUAAUUUUGACGGCCUUCAAGAUAUGGAUUCGUUGACGCCAUUAUUCAACGAAGUCACAGAUCCUAAUCGCUGAGCUAUCUUUUUGGUUUAUUAUAAUUUUGUAUUUGUACAGGGAGAGGUGUGAUAAAAUAUAGACUGUUUGGGUCCGGUGGUUCUCAAUCGUAUUGUCUCAGACCAUUUUAGAAUAAAUAAGGCGGUUAGAAGCAAGAUGUAUAAGUGAAUUUUAAUAAGAAUUAAGAUAUUAUUUAAUUUUAAGAUAUAGAAUACUUUGAAAUCUUGCGUAUUGUAAUGUAAUUUGAUUAUACAAUUUCAAAUAUUUUAAUUAUUUUUUAUUACAAAUUGUAUAUAUAGAUUUCUUAUAGAUAAUAUCAUUUCAGCUUAUAGUAAAUUAUAUUUUGACAUGCAAUUUACUAUUUAGGCUGUAUCGACGACUGUUUAAUCUUCAUCCCAAUAAAAAUAGUGUUGAAAUAAUAAUGUCUUAGAUUCUGAAAAAAUUGCGAAAUUUUCAAGAUACAUGUUUUUAAAUUAUGAAAGAUUAUACACCGUUAAGUAUAUGAUAUAUAUCAUUAAAAAGGAUGUUUUUUCUACGGAA